UCCUCAGCUACACCAAUAUUAUUAUCAACAAGAAGAAAAGAGAAGAGAAACUUAUUGUAGCAGUUGAACUAUAAAACUAACAGAGAAAAAAAAAAAAACAGAGCAACGAGUCCAACAAAACACGAACUGUGCCUUAUAUCUAUCUCAUUGGUCCUCUUCUUUCUACUUUCUUGUUUCUUGAUCCUAGAAAAUAUGGCUCUGAACAGAGUGUGUUCCGAAGAUUUUAGCUUUCCAUUGCUCACUUCCCGAGUUCCCCGCAUCGGUUCACCUCCACUGUGGAAACCCUCGCCGGAGAGAGGUUUGGCGAGACCAGUCAUCGGAAAGGACGGUGAUAACGAUCUGUCGAAGAGCUUCUCUUAUGUGGAAAGAAGGAGAAGUCUUUGGACUGAUAAAGCAGAGGAGAAAAUGGAUAUGUUGUGGGAAGAUCUUAACGAAGAACUGCCCCCGAGGAGAAGCCAGAGUCUUAGGAACGAGCUCAGCGGAGAUGGUGGAGAAAAGAAGAAAGCGUCUUUGUUAAUCGACGAGAGCUCCGCCGUGGCCGUGGGAUGCGGGAUGAAGUUAACGAAGAAGACGCAGCCGAAGAAGAAGAAAGGUCCGAACGUGUUGGUGUUGAUGAGGGUUUUGAAGAAGCUUCUUGUUUUACGAAGUUCGUCUCAGAGAUCGCCGGCGAAAACUCAUCCACGGUGAAUGCUCUCACCGUGAUAAUUCUUCUGUAGAAUUUAAAAGCUACGUGUCUUUUGUGGAGAUUGAAACUUUAAUUGUCUAAAAAAAAGCAAAACAAAUUAAUUUAUAAGGUAAAAAAUAGAAGAGGGUUAGAAUGAGAGGGUGAGAAUAGAGCUAAUAGUUUUUUUUUUUUGUUUCACAUAAAGGUAAAUUUAUAAAGUUUGCAUUAAGUUUGGUUAUUUUGUCACUUCCAUGGUCUCUUACACCAUGCGACCAUCUCCCUUUAUUCUCUUUUAAUUUCCCUUGUAUUUUUUUUAGAUUGCUGUCUCUGUUAUGUUGUCUUCUCUGUAAACUCUCUUCCUUUUAAUUUUUAAUAU